AUGUCCACGAAUAAUAAUAAUGUUCCGCAGUAUCCGUCCCAGAAUUCUACUACACAGGCACAACCAUUUCAGCAAUUGACCCCCGCAUCAGUAAAACAAUUGGCGUAUAAAUUUACCCAAUGCUAUAACGAGGCCAGAAGAGUUGGUGUGUCAACUCCUCAAGGACGUGAGCUCUUAAAAAAAGCAUCAAAAAUAAAGGCAAUUUACGAGGCGUAUAACAAUCAAAGGCAGCAAGCUGCCCAAGCAUUUGGACAAGGAAAGUCACCUGCACCUAGUCAAGGCGUCGCCUCCCCAGCUGCCAGCACCCCGGGCCAAAAUGGGGCGGCAAACAAUAAUAGUCCCAGCAAUAUAAGAAUGCUGCUGACCCCCCAACAAAGCGAAGCUUAUAACAAAUUGACGCAGACAUAUGAGGAAAAUGUCAAGAAAAUUAAUGGUGAACAUGAAUAUCUAAAGAGGAAUAUCGAUAUUCUUGACGCUGAAAUCAAAAAAAGAGAGUCGGACCCAGCUUCUGUCAAGCAAAUCGAAGCGAAUAAGGCUGAACUGCUCAAUAGACUGAGGGGAUUCAGAGCAUCGUAUCAAGCUCUUACGCAGAAACUUCAUGAAGAUAAAAAGAGAUUCUAUAUCGACUGCGCAGCUACAAAUCCAAAUCUUAAAAGAUUUCUUCAAGCAACUACACAACAACAAAGAGCAAAUUCUGCUAUGAAUGCACUGAACUCUUCAUCGCCAGCACCUCAGACGGUCACGCAAACCAAUGCCCAAGCGCCUAGCUAUCAAAGGCCUCCGACGCAACAGACUCCACAGCAGAAUGGUUCGCCUUCCCAAAGCACACCAGCAGCCAAUAGCCGGUCUCCUACGCAGGUUACUUCUGUCAAUGCUGCUGCUCAUUUAGCUAAUAAUUCUGGAUCUGCUACUCGACAAGCAAUAUUUAAGCAACCGAACCCCUCGGUUCCGAUUUCAGAGACUAUUACACAAAAAAUGCCCACUCCCGUGGUUUACAGAUCUAAUAGGCCCACAAUAACCGGUGGAAGUGCUAUGAAUGCAGCAGCGCUCAACACGCCUGUGAUGACAAAAUUACCACCAUACGAAGUUGACAGUGAGAGAGUUAUGUCCAAAAGGAAGCUGAGAGAACUCGUCAAAUCCGUCGGCGUGGACGAAGGUGAUGGUGAAACUACAAUAGAUGGUGAUGUUGAAGAACUUCUUUUGGAUUUGGCGGACGACUUCAUAACGAAUGUAACAAGCUUUGCUUGCAGGUUGGCGAAGCAUAGAAAGUCCGAUAAUCUUGAUGUGAGAGACAUUCAACUACACCUAGAAAGAAACUGGAACAUCAGAGUCCCAGGGUAUGCCGCAGAUGAAGUAAGAAGUACGAGGAAGUGGAAUCCUAGUUCAUCUUACAAUCAAAAGCUACAGGGCAUAAAUGCAGCAAAAGUGGUGAAGUCUGCAAAUGCUGCACAGGCUGCCGCAGCCUCAGCGGUUGCGGGUAACUCCGAGACGAAAAGCCAGUCUUUAACAUCUUCUAAGUAG